CCUCCAGGCUUAAAGUUGCCAAGGCUGGAGACCCCCGAUUUUAGUCGUUGGUUCCGCUGCUUCAAGCUUAAAUUUGGAGCUCUUUUGAGAAUGCCGCAGCUGCUUGGUCCUUAAUUUGCCGCGCCAUUUUUAAGCGUUGAGCAACCUAUCGUUGCCAAAUGACUGCAGCGAUUCUCCCGGGGGCUCUUUUUUUUUUUUUGGAACUCCGUUAACGCGAAAACCCAGCCGCUGAGUUAAAGAGAAAAAGGAGCUACGAUUACGGACCACUCCCAAUGAGCAAAAGGCAGAAAGUACCGUAAAGGAGGAAGGGCAAUUGCCGUGACAAAAAUCAAGGCAAGGGAGCCGUAAAGCCCAGCGCGGUGUCGCGGGAGGCUUCAGGAGAGAAAGCAGGAAAUCCAUCUGUCUAAUGCUAACUUGCACUUACUGAGGGCAUAGUGAAAGAAAAUGAAAAAGAACAGGAAGCCACCACCUCCACCACCUUCACGAGGAGGCAAGGGGCCUGCUGCAGCCAGACAAAUGGGUUUGCUGUUGGAUUUCUCUCCUGAAAACAUGAUGGCUAGCAAUGGAGAGGAUGAUCAAGAACUGGAAGCUGAAUUCCUGGCUAUUGUUGGAGGCCAACCAGAUCCCAAGCAGAAGCCAAAUGGAAAAACUCCUUUGCCAGUGGAAGCUAUUGAAAAAAUGGCUGCCCUCUGUAUGAAGGACCUUGAUGAAGAGGAUGGGGUAGAAGAGGAAGAUUUAGAAGAUGAUGAUGAACUAAUGGCUGAACUAACAGAAGUACUUGAAGAAGAUAAUAAGGCCCCAGAGGCUGUGAUACCUGCUGCUACUAAGGAACACUACGCUCCAGCUGCUUGCAACACAUCUGAAUCCAUUUUACUGGAAAGACUGGCUAUGUACAAGGUUGCUGUUGCUAAUGCAAAACAGGCUGGGGAAAGUUCCAAAAUGCGUCGCUAUGAAAGAGGCCUCAAAACUCUAGAAAACCUAUUGACCUCUGUAAGGAAGGGCAAAAAGAUAGAUGAAGAUGAGAUUCCUCCACCAGUAGCUACAGGAAAGAGUAGUAAUUGCCCGCAAGCUGCUUCUUUGAAGACCGCUCCAAUCUCACAGCCCUCCACACCAGAGGAAAGUGAAGUGUUAACCAACCACUUUACUCCAGAGCCACCAGCUGCAGCUCUUGAACAAUCACCAUCUAUAUCAUCCCCUGGGUUACAGUUGCCUCCCAAAGUUCCACCACCAAAACUUCCGAAACCAAAGAUUUCUCCAACAACUAGCCCACCACUCAAUUCCUCAGAAACGCCCCUGGAAACAUCUGCCCCAACAGCAUCUUCUCUUUCAUCAGAUGCUCCGAACUCCAGCACUCAAGCUGUCCUGCAAGCCAGAGUACGGGAAUAUAAACUGGCUGCCCUGCGUUCUAAGCAAGAAGGUGACAUUGAAAUGGCCACCAAAUAUUAUCGCCUGGCAAAGAGUUUUGAGCCUAUUUUAGACUCUCUUCAUAAAGGAGAAGCUGUGGAUCUCAGCAAUCUGCCGCCCCCUCCAGAUCAAUUACCUAAGGAGAUGUUAUCUUCACGUGUACAACAGACUCCGGUGGCAACAGCAGCACCAUUUGCUCAAGCAGUAAAUCAUCCAGCCCAAGGAGUCUCAAGGACAGCAGAGAGGCCAGCACCCCCUCGAGAUAUGAUGGAGGCCUUGCAGCAGAGGAUGGACAGAUACAAGGCGGCGGCAGCCCAGGCAAAGAGCAAAGGAGAAGACAGGAAGGCCAGAAUGCAUGAACGGAUUGUGAAGCAAUAUCAAGAAGCCAUCAGAGCUCAUAAAGCCGGGAAACCUGUGGAGUUUGCUGAUCUUCCUGUGCCACCAGGUUUCCCUCCCAUCCAAGGAAUGGAAUCUUUGCCAGGAGAUCAGAGUUUGGGAGGGAUCCUUGAAACAGCAAUGAAACUAGCAAAUGAGGAUGAAGAUGUAGAAGAGACAAAAAAGCCUGACACCUCUCCAGCGUCAUCCAAGCUGGCCCCCUCAGUCCAGCCGAAACUGCCCCAUCAGCCAGGCCCACAAGCUGCCCUCGCAAAGCCAGCCCCAACUGGUAAAAGUGCCCCCAAAAUGAUUGCAAAAGCUCAACAGCAGUUGACCUUCUUAGAAAACCGGAAGAAGCAAUUGAAACAGGCAGCUCUCCGAGCAAAGCAGCGGAAUGACAUUGAGGGGGCCAAGCUGUUCUUAUGUCAGGCCAAAGGGCUGGACCCCAUGAUUGAGGCAUCACAAAGUGGGCUCCCCGUCGACAUAAGUAAGGUGCCCCCGGCUCCCGUGAAUAAGGAAGAAUUCAUGCUUGUGCAGCGCGGUGGAGCCAACAUUUCCCCAGCAACAGCUGCCCAGUACACUGAGCUUGUGAAGCUAAUGAGACAGCAGCAUGAGAUGUGCAUCAGUUACUCAAAGCAGUUCACCCACUUAGGAAAUAUCACAGAAACCAUCAAAUUUGAGAAGAUGGCUGAAGACUGCAAAAAAAAUAUGGAGAUCUUAAAACAAGCACAUACCAAAGGAUUUCCACUUCCAAAAUAUCAUUAUGAACAGCGGACUUUCAGUAUGAUCAAGAUCUUUCCAGAAUUAAACAGCAAUGAUAUGAUUCUUUCAAUAGUGAAAGGAAUCAACCUCCCAUCUCCUCCAGGCAUAUCUCCUGAUGAUUUGGAUGCUUUUGUGCGUUUUGAGUUUCCCUAUCCUAAUGCGGAGGAAGCUCAGAAAGACAAGACAAGUGUGAUCAAAAACUCCAACUGUCCUGAGUUCCAAGAGAAGUUCAAACUGUACAUUAAUCGGAGUCAUCGAGGAUUCAAGAGAGCCAUUCAGUCCAAAGGCAUCAAAUUUGAAGUUGUCCACAAAGGGGGGUUGUUCAAAAAUGACCGUGUGGUGGGAACAGCUCAACUGAAGUUGGAAGCACUGGAGACCAAGUGUGAGCUUCGGGAGAUUUUGGAACUUUUGGAUGGUCGACGACCCACAGGAGGCAGGUUAGAAGUGAUUGUCCGCCUCAGAGAACCAUUGACAUCUCAGCAACUGGAGACCACAACGGAGAAGUGGCUGGUCAUUGAUCCUCUCACUGGGCCUCCAGCUGCCUUUCCCAAACCUAAGCCUGCAGUAGCUCCUGUGAAAGAUACAGGCACUAGCAAGCCGGCCUGUUCUCUGCAAAGCUUCAGCAUAUUAGCUUUUGACAAGGAGAGGCUGGAGAAGAAGAUAGUGACAUACAAUCAAGCUGGUCAGCCUCCACCCAGCGACCUGGUAGAGCAGCACCAAAGCAUCGUUCAGAAAAUCAACUGGCAAAAGUCCCAGCUACAGCAUGGAGGAGCUGUAAUCAUGAAAGAAUAUCUGACUCGAUUGGAGCAGUACCUCCAAUGGUACACAGAGGCAGCAAGGCGCCUUGGAAAUGACGGAAAACGGGAGGCAGCUAAGGAUGCUCUUUACAAGCGCAAUCUGGUGGAGAGGGAGUUGCAGAAGUUUCGGAAAUGAAGCUAAGGCACUUAUCUAUCCAAGCAACAAUGCUUUCAAACAUGGUCUUUUCACUGUUACAGGUGAAGGGUAGUGGAAAGACCAAAAUGCAUAGGCUGUAUGCUGAUGGAUCAGUAAUGCCACAAGCUGAUUCUUGAUUAAUUGAUUUUGCCAAAAAUUCUUCCUAGGCUUCACCAUAAAUACAUUAUAACCCCAAUGGCCUGAAGAGACAAUCCAUGUGACAGGUGCCUUAUAGCUACACCCACCACUCCUUCCUUCCGUUUGCACUAAGCAUUUUGCACAUGCCACUUGAGCUCUGUUUUUUUUUUAACCUGAUCUAAUCUAACCCCUUCUCAGCAAUUAAGGAGACCAUUGUGUGUGAAGUCUUGUAUGCCCAUGCCUGUGGGAUUCCAAUUUUUAAAUCUACCUUGUAUACCGGUCGAGAUAGAAAUCCCAUUCAUAUGGUCUUUCUCCUCUGACCAGGGUAUUUAAUAGUUUUAGGUGUGUAAAGUAGAUAUCAAUUGCCAUGAUGGAAAGAUUCCAGCACAUCCCAAAUUAACUGAGUUGCCCCAGUUUGGAAUUUGGCACUUUCAGUGUGUUUAAUGAGAUUAUUCCAGAAGCCAUGUAGUCUGCAUUCAUUUCCUAGAUUUUCUUAUAGCUAUAUCCAUCACUCUGCUCUCUUUUGCACCAGGCACUUUGCACACUCUUUGAUUUUCUGGCCCUUAUUGGUAUAUUCUUACAACUGAAAAUUCACUUUUGACUCAUGUAAUCAUUUUUCAGUGGUUUUCAGUGGUCAAAUAGAUCUAGUUGGGAUUCGUUGUGUGUGCAGUCUUGUAUGCCAGUUGAGGGUCCUGCAUAUGUGGUACACUUCUCUACUGAGAGCUAACUAGUCUGCUCCUUAAACAAUCUCUAAUAUAAAUAUGUAGCCACACGACUCAUACUUUUUGAUGGAUCUGGACCUGUAACAUACACUUUCUCGUUGUUUCUACCUUGUCUUGGAGGGACCAAGAGUCAAAGCAUCUACGAGACUGCUAAAUGAGAUGGUUCCCUUCUUUAAUGUAUAGAGAAUAGCAGAGCAAUCUUUCUCCUAGGGAAGGAAUAACUGUUCAGUUCUUGUGUACAGUUUAUGGAAUUCAUUCAUGGUACUCUUACGAAGCUUAGAUUUUCUUCUCAUAAUAUAUGUAAUUGUACUAUUUCUGUUGAAUGGGAAAUGGUGUCUGAUAACCUCUACUUCCUGAUACAUUAUAGAGAAAGAUUGCAUCACGUAGCUCCCUCUUCCCCACACAAAGACAGGAGAGGAGCUACUGAAGCCUGUUGGGGUGCUUUUUUUCUUUUUUUUGAUAUAAUCCAUUUUGACAGAUGGAAAUGUGAUCUUUCUUAGUUCUUUUUUCUGUAAGAUUUGAGUAUAAGAAAUUAACUCAGGAUUGUUGCUGCUGCUUCUCAGGAUGAAAUGAAGUGAUGAACUGUGGGUUGUAUCCAGAUGGUCUUCCCUGCCUCCGCCUACAUACCUUUUAAAACCAAAUAUUUGUUUAUUGUAAAGAUGACAAAAGGAAAACAAAUGUACUUAUAUACCCUUUUCUUUCCUGACCCAUUUUCACAAUCUCAUUUUUAUAAAAGUGCCUGUCUCUGAAACUAUUGUUCAGCCAGAGGUUUUCAGAAUUAAUGUUAAAAGCAAAGGCUGCAAAUCUGUGCUAUGGCUUUAUUUUAUGUAUAGGAUGACAUAAAUAUAUAACGUUUUUAAAGGAUGGAGGAGAGAAUUUUGUUCAAAACAAAAAAAAUCUUUAAUGUACCAGUAAUAAAUUCUCCAAACCUC